GUAGGUGUCCUGCGUGUGACGUCAUGACGUGGUGUACCCGGAAACGGCCAGCAGCUUGUUUUUGUUCUGACCGACACGAACAGAACCUCAGACCGGAGCAGACCGACCGGGCUGAAUCGGGCUGAACCGGGCUGAACCGGACUGAACCGGACCGUGACUCCGCAGCUGUCGGUGCUUCGUGAAGCCGCCGCCAUGAACGUGAGUCUCGCGGUGAAGCAGUACGUCUCUAAGAUGGUGGAGAGCAGCGGCCCCGGGAUGAAGGUGCUGCUGAUGGACCGAGAGACGACCAGCAUCGUCAGCAUGGUGUACACUCAGUCUGAGAUCCUGCAGAAGGAGGUUUACCUGUUCGAACGGAUCGACUCUCAGAACAGAGACAGUAUGAAACACCUGAAGGCCAUCUGCUUCCUCAGACCCACCAAGGAGAAUGUAGAACAUCUGAUCCAGGAGCUGAGGAGACCAAAGUACAGCGUGUACUUCAUCUACUUCAGUAAUGUGAUCAGUAAGAGUGAAAUCAAAGCUCUGGCUGAAGCAGACGAACAGGAAGUGGUGGCUGAAGUCCAGGAGUUUUAUGGAGAUUUCAUCGCAGUGAAUCCACAUCUGUUCUCACUGAACCUGCACGGAGUGUCCAGGGUGAGUGUGAGUGUGAGUGUGUGUGU